AUGAACAGGAAAGACAGCAAGAGGAAGUCCCAUCAAGAAUGCACUGGGAAAACAGGAGGGCGGGGCCGGCCCCGACAGGCCCGCCGCCACAAGACGUGUCCCAGCCCCCGGGAAAUCAGCAAGGUCAUGGCUUCCAUGAAUCUGGGCGUGCUGAGUGAAGGUGGCUGCAGUGAAGAUGAACUACUGGAGAAAUGCAUCCAGUCCUUUGCCUCAUUCCACCAUCUCCAAACCAUUCUCAGGUACUGGCUGACCCAACACCCAGAGGCGGUGCACCAGGAGCCCCAGCUAGAAGAAGUUAUAGGUCGUUUCUGGGCCACCGUGGCCCAGGAGGGCAGCUCGGCCCAGAGGAGCCUGGGAGACUCCUCCAACCUCCUAAGCCCUGGUGGCCCUGGACCCCCGCCCCCCAUGAGCAGUCCAGGCCUGAGCAAAAAGCGCAAAGUGUCUUUGCUUUUCGACCACCUGGAGACUGGAGAGCUGGCUCAGCACCUCACUUAUCUGGAGUUCCGGUCCUUCCAGGCUAUUACGCCCCAGGAUCUGCGGGACUACGUUUUGCAGGGCUCUGUGCGGGGCUGCCCGGCCCUGGAGGGUUCCGUAGGUCUCAGCAACAGCGUGUCCCGCUGGGUGCAGGUGAUGGUGCUGAGCCGUCCUGGGCCCGCACAGCGUGCGCAGGUGCUGGAGAAGUUUAUUCACGUGGCACAGAGGCUCCACCAACUGCAGAAUUUCAAUACGCUGAUGGCAGUCACAGGGGGCCUGUGUCAUAGUGCCAUCUCCAGACUCAAGGACUCCCACACCCACCUGAGCCCUGACAGCACGAAGGCCCUGCUAGAGCUGAAUGAGCUCCUGGCCUCCCACAACAACUAUGCUCGCUACCGCCGCACCUGGGCUGGCUGCAUGGGCUUCCGGCUGCCUGUACUAGGUGUGCAUCUCAAGGACUUGGUGUCCCUGCAUGAGGCACAGCCUGAUAGGUUGCCUGACGGCCGCCUGCACCUACCCAAACUGAACAGCCUCUACCUGCGGCUGCAGGAGCUGGCAGCCCUCCAAGGGCAGCAUCCACCCUGCAGUGCCAAUGAAGACCUGCUGCAUCUGCUCACGCUUUCUCUGGACCUCUUCUACACAGAGGACGAGAUCUAUGAGCUUUCUUACGCCCGGGAACCCCGCUGUCCCAAGAGUCUGCCACCCUCCCCCUUCAAAGUGCCUCUGGUAGUAGAGUGGGCCCCUGGUGUGACGCCCAAGCCAGACAGGGUCACCCUGGGUCGGCAUGUGGAGCAGCUGGUGGAGUCUGUGUUCAAGAAUUAUGACCCUGAAGGCCAAGGAACCAUUUCUCAGGAAGACUUUGAACGACUUUCAAACAACUUCCCCUUCGCCUGCUAUGGACUCCACCCACCCCCCCGCCAGGGGAGCGGGUCCUUCAGCAGGGAGGAGCUGACGGGGUACCUGCUCCGGGCCAGCGCCAUCUGCUCCAAACUGGGCCUGGCCUUCCUGCACACCUUCCAUGAGGUCACCUUCCGCAAGCCCACCUUCUGUGACAGCUGCAGCGGCUUCCUCUGGGGUGUCACCAAACAAGGCUACCGCUGUCGGGACUGUGGGCUGUGCUGCCACAAACACUGCAGAGACCAAGUGAAGGUGGAGUGUAAGAGGCCAGGGACCAAGGGCGAUGCAGGCCCCCCAGGAGCCCCUAUCCCACCCCCACCAGUUCCCCAUGCCAGCAGUGACUCCGAGGAAAAUCUCUCCUACACACUAUCCCUGGAAUCUGAAACUGGGUGCCACCUCCGCCAUGCUUGGACCCAGACGGAGUCCCCACACCCUUCCUGGGAACCAGAGAUGGUUCUCUGCCCAGAGAUGAUGGCCCCACCAUCCACCCUGUCCUCCAAGCUGAAUUCCUAGACAUCGUUUGGUCUCUCUCCCUCACUCCCUUCUCCCUUACCCUGAGAGAAAGUUAUUUUCUUCU